AUGUCUCCUGUCCGAUUCACAAGCAAACUUGCGGGCCAGCGUAUUCUUCUGGUUGGAGGCACUGGUGGUGUUGGUAUUAGUGUUGCACAGGGCCUCAUCGAGUUUGGAGCAACAAUCAUCCUCUCUUCGUCCCGAGCCUCCAAAGUCAAGGACAUGUGCGCCCAGCUGGUCAGUGACUACCCAGACGCUCAAGACCGCAUUUACGGGUUCGCCUGUGACCUGGCCAGUCCCAAUGUCGAGGCCAAUAUCGAAGCUCUGUUCAAAGAGGUGGGCGAUGUUGACCAUAUUGUGUACAUGGCCGGAGAUCGACUGCCCAUGAUCCCGCUCGAGGAGGUGACACUGGAGAAGUGGCAGAAAUGCAAUCAAGUUCGGACCAUUGCUGCAAUCCUGGUGGUCAAAAUCGGGACCAGGUACAUGAAGAAGGAUCGGCACUCGUCGAUCGUCUUGACCGGCGGUUCCAUAUCGGAAAAACCCAUUGCUGGAGGCUGGUCCAUGCUCGCACUCAUCGGGGCUGGAUUGAAUGGUCUCACACGGCAAUUGGCUUUCGACCUGGCGCCCAUACGCGUCAAUUGUGUCGCUCCUGGGGUGAUUGAGACAGAUCUUUGGCAGGGCAUGGGGGAGGGAGGGAAACAGGCAUUCUUUGCGGACCAUGAGAGCAAGAUGCCCACUGCGAAAGUUGGCCAGCCUGUAGACUUGGCCGAGGCAUACCUCUACUGCUUGAAGGAUGCCAACGCGACGGGGAUCGUGAUUCAUUCCAAUAGCGGGACAUUCUUGGUGUGA